AUGGAUGAUCAGAUUCUCGCGAUAUUUAAAUCAAAUCGAGUUUGUGACAUGUACAUUAGAACUGUAAGUGCUUUUGAAAAGCUACCUUACUUAAGCAAACAAUCGGAAAAUCAUGAAAUUUCAUCGAUAUGGAAAAUCAUUUUAGAUAAAUGUCUUCAUCUGUCGAACGAGAAAAUGAACAGCUGUUUAAAUGUCUCAUUUAGUGUUUGA